GGUCCCGGCCCGUGGGCACCCGGGUCACCGCGGGGUGGGGGUCAUCCAGUGCCCGCUCUCCCUGAGGUUCCUCCCGGCUGGUCUCACAGUCGAUCCCAGCCUCCGGGGGUUUCCUUCCGUCGCGUUGUGUGAUGCGGGUACCCCUUCAUCCCCCCGAGACCACGGGAGCUUCUCUGCUGCUGACAGCCUUCCCAGGGUCUCUUCCCAAAUCAAGGUUCUUGUGAAUCAGAGAAGUGCAUCCCAAUCUUGCAGACCCUUGGUUGCAGAGCAUCUGGUUUUCAAGAUGGCUGCAGCCCCUCAGGCACCAAAGAGGGGAUCUAUUCGGAAGACUAGACCUCUGGUUGUAAAAACAUCACUGAACAACCCUUAUGUUAUUUCCUGGAGCACCUUGGAGAGAGAAGACAUACACUUUAUAUUACAGACUCUCGAAGACAAGUUUAAAUCGAUUGGACUUCAGAAAAUUGAAGAUAAGAAGAAAAGGAAAAAAACAGCUCUUAUGAAAAAGCAAAGUUGUGGGUCAGAUGUUGGGAUUAGUGAGGAUCCAAAAGAGCCUGAUGGGGAUCUGCUGGUGUCAGGGUGGACACCUGUACACGUCAGAAGACAGCUGGUCAUUGGUGUUAAUGAAGUCACCAGAGCUCUGGAGAGGAAUGAACUGCUCCUCGUUCUAGUGUGUAAGUCAGUCAAGCCUGCCAUCAUCACCUCACACUUGAUUCAGCUGAGUCUAAGCAGAACUGUUCCUGCCUGUCAGGUACCUCAGCUCAGCGAGAGAAUUGCUCCCGUCAUUGGCUUAAAAUGUGUGCUAGCCUUGGGUUUCAGAAAGAACACCAGAGACUUUGCUGAUGAAGUAGGGGCCAUCAUUCCCAGGGUGCCCAGCUUAAAUGUGCCAUGGCUUCCAGACAGAACCCAAGAUCCCACAGACAUUUUAGAGACUGAACCCUUGGAAAGCCAGGACACAGAGAUUUUGGACACUUCGUUUGAUGACCUUACAAAGCUUAGUAAGAGGAAGCUUGCUGAAGGUGGACAAGCUUCAGCUGCAACACUACAACCCCUUAAAAUAAAAAAGCUUAUUCCCAACCCUAGUAAGAUAAGAAAACCACCCAAAAGUAAAAAGUCUAUUUCAAAGUAGUUUUGCAUGACUUGUCACUUCAUGUAAGGCGAUGUCUAAAUGAGCACUGAAACAAAUAAAA